AUGAGCCAACAGUCGUGCAGGCUCCAGACUCAAAAGAGAAUGGAUCAGAAGAAGAGGGCCCGAAAAAAAGUCGACAACAGGGAGGAACAUGCAGUUGAAAGCAAAUCGAUUCGAGGAGUUUCAGAGGACUUGGAGAUGACGACGGAGCACAUCAGGAUGUGGAUGUAG